AUUUAAAAGAGGAUUAUGGCGAGUGUAGAUCGAAAGUUUAUAUCUCGUCAGAAAAUACCACAACAAAAUCAGUUCAGUUACAUCUACGACAAGACAUACAAGCAGACAGCCUUCGUGAAGAGAGAGGCAGAAAGAUUUCGAGUGGAAAAAAUUAUAUCUGAAGUGCAGAACUACAAGAGCGAAAGUAGAAAAGAGCUUUUGAAAAGUUUAAAAAAACAAGCAUUGAAGUUGCUGUGCUACUUUAUCAUAUUCCUUGUUUACAUUUUACUCGGCGCCGUAAUAUUUUUCUAUAUCGAGGAGUGCUCUGGCGCCGAUAUAGCGGACGAUAAAGUUAGAAGCAAAGCAGAUACAGCGAAAUUUUUUAAAAAUACAUGUCAGAUACUCUAUGAUGACGAGUACAAACUUAUAAACAUAUCAUCUGGUGCCUCUUUAAACAAGAAUGAAUCCACGAAAACGAGUUCUGCAGAACAUAACAACACUUUCAUGAUGGCGUGUAUUAAAAUCAUGCAAAACUCAUCCAAUGUCAUCAAGGAAACCAAAUUGAUGACGUCAUGUGACGUUACAACAACCAAAAGUCUUAAAUAUAUAACCUUCGCCAUGUUUACUAUACUCAGUAUAGGGUAUGGAAACACAACGCCCAUCACGACCAUUGGGAGGGGUGUACUUAUUUUAUACGCCAUCUUUGGUAUACCUAUAGCAGUGACGAUGUACCGUUUCACAGCGAAACUUUUGGUGCAACUUCUUACCUUGUUGAUAAGAUGCAUUGAUAAAAAAAUACACGGCCGACAGAAAGCCGACGACAGAUACUUGCAUUUAAAAGUUCUGAUGAUCAGCCUCGUUUUCAUGCUGGUGUUUGUUGCUUUCUGUUGCUCGCUAACAAUGAGAGAGGGGACAGAGAAAUGGACGUUCGCAAGCAGUUUCUACUUCUGGUUUGUCAGCUUAACUUUAAUCGGCUACGGAGAUCUCACAUUCAGUCAGAAAACACAGCUAGAAAACCCUCCGUAUUUAGUUUUCUCAUUUUUAAAUAUUUUAUUCGGCUUGGCUUUAUCGGCCACCAUUAUUGAAGCAUACGCCAUGACUUUACGUAAAGGUGGCAAUUCUAUUAUUACGCAAGAAAAAAAUGAGAUUGAAAACAAAGAAGAGCUUGACGCUGAUGUCGGACACAUUCUACUUCAGCUUGGUAUAUUCUCCAUUGACAAAGUCGAAGCAGAACGCUAUAUAAGCACGGCGCAUGACGUACAACUUAUCGAUAAAAUAGAAGAAUUAUCUGUAUAGAAAAAUGCCAAUCAAACUUUCUACAGCAACUAAGAUCUUUUACUAACUUUCUGGUCACGUGGGAGGUGGUGGAUUAAUAUGAUUCCGUGUAGAAAAAACACCAAAUACAUUCUUAACUAUACAUCAACAUAUUUCGAUUUAGGAAUUUCCUAUUAGUUUUCCCAACACGUAUGAGCGCUCCUUGUGAAAAUUUUAAUCAUUUUGUCUCCAUUAUCAAAGUGUAAAGAUGUUAAACAUUUUACCUGUGCC